CUUAGCAUUACUCUUCAUUACUUGAUAAUGUAAUGUCAGAUUACCCCACAGCAAUGCAUUCGAGCUGAUGAAUUAGUGUUAAAUUGCAAACAAAAUUAAUAAAUUAGGAGUAACUGAAAAGCAAGACAAUUCGGGACUGUCAUAAGUACCAGUAGACAGAACAGCAGCUUCCUUUAGAAAUACUUCUCUGAGAAACAACAUUUUCAAUAAGACUGUGCUCAGGUAUUUCCUAGUCAUCAAUGAUCAAGCUCAACUGCUCCUCACCAGAGUCCCUGUACAUAACAGAGAACGCAUCAUGGUGCCCCAAAGAGGAAGAGUGUCUCAACGCAGAGGACCUGGAAGACCUUUGUCUGAGCCGCAGUGCUUACCUGGAGAAAAAACUGGGUGUUUGCCGUUCACACCUCUUUCUGCCUGUGUGCAUCACCUACGUGGUCAUCUUUGUAGUUGGAGUGCUGGGCAACGGCUUGACUUGCAUUGUCAUCGCCCGUCACCGUGUAAUGCGCACAACAACAAACUACUACCUGUUCAGCUUGGCCAUUUCUGACCUCCUUGUUCUCCUGCUUGGUCUUCCACUGGAGCUUUAUGAACUCUGGAACAACUAUCCAUUCCUGUUUGGUGUUGCAGGUUGCUAUUUCAAGACCUACUUGUUCGAGACUGUCUGCUUUGCUUCUGUGCUCAACGUGACGGCGCUGAGCGCAGAACGCUACAGAGCAGUUGUGCACCCCCUCCACGCCAAACAUGUGGCGACGCAUGCUCAUGCCAAGCGUGUCAUCAUUGCAUUAUGGGCGGUCUCUCUGUUAUGUGCAUUGCCCAAUACCAGUCUGCAUGGCGUAGCAAUGUUGCAACCCCUUUUUGGGCUCACUUUUCCCGAGUCGGUCGUCUGCAUCGUGGUGCGUGAUACCUGGAUCUACAACCUGUUGGUGCAGGUGACGGCAAUGCUGUUCUUCAUACUGCCGAUGUUGACCAUCAGUGUGCUGUAUGUGCUGAUCGGCCUGCAGUUGCAUCAGGAAAGGGACUGUUUUGGUUCAAAGACUGGGCUGAAUCAGGACGGGCUGCAUCAGAGGGCGCGUCAUCGGCAAGUUACUAAAAUGCUCUGUGCAUUGGUGAUUGUGUUUGGAGUCUGCUGGGCGCCUUUUCACAUUGAUCGUGUCAUGUGGAGCUACAUUGAUAACUGGACUGAAGAGCAGAAACAUGUCUAUGAGUAUGUGCAUCUUCUCUCUGGUGUCUUCUUCUACUUGGGUUCAGUGGUCAAUCCCAUCCUAUAUAACCUCAUGUCAUCCCGCUUCAGAGAGAUGUUCCGUGAGGUGGUGUGUCAGAAAGGCCAUCGUCAGCUGUCCCUCAGUAGAGUCACGUUACGCAGUGUUGUCUCUGCCUCUGCCUCUCUGCCUCUCAUUCUGUCUCAUUUUCUGUCAAGUUCAAUCCUCGUGGGCUUCCACAAUCUCUCUAGAAUCUACCAGGAUAUUUUGUCCAAGUUAUUGUAUCCCAAAGCAAAGUCUGUGACCAAAAACCAAAGCCAGCUUUGCCUACUCUAUGUGAAAGUUUUAUUAGUCAAAUGUGCAACUACAUACUGCAUUAGACACUAGACAGCAAGACUUGUUUAUAAUGAUGUGUGUUUUUCUAAGCUUCCAUUUAAAGUAACCAUUUUGAAGUUAAAUUGUGGUAUGUACUUAAAAAAAUACAGGUUUACGCAAUAUGGGGAAUUUGAACAAUUAUUAUAAAGCUGUUACAAAUUUAAAUGGGUGGUGUUGCAAUAAGCAUUGACUAUUUUGCCUAUACGCUUUGAAGCUGUUGCCCAAAUGGUAAUCUUUGAGACAACCAUUUGAAUAAAUGUCCUGGGUACUCAUGUUCAUGGCCAGUGAUGGACUGUGCUGUCUUGUAUCACCCUCUGCAAGAGCUUAUGACUUAGCAGAAAGUGUUUUUGGAUGAAGGCACUUGUAAAGUAAACUGGUUUCAGACAGGCUUCCGAGACACCAUAACGUCAUGUCUGGUGAUCUAGAACAAAGUGAACUUUAGAGAUAGCAAAGCAAAUAUUUAAAGGAGUAGACCACCCAAAUUGGAAAACAUGUUUUUCCAAACUUGUAUAAUGUUCUCUCUUUCUUGAAACACAAAAUUACAAUUUAGGCAGAAUGCCUGAAGUUUUUCAUUUUCGCGUACAUGCAAAUGGAUGGUGAUUUAUACUUCCAGGCUCUAAAAUCACUCGUGCACUAUAUUUUACGUUCUUCAAAGUCAUACAAUAGCUUUGUGUGAGGAGCAAAGUGAAAUUGAAGUUGUUGUUCAACAAUGUUCCAGUCUACAGGAGCUCUCAAAUCUCAUUUGCUAUGAAGUUUUUCAAACAUGUGAAGUUGCCAUUGGUCAUGUAACACUCAAGAACCAAUGGUGUUUUGGGGACUAUGAUGUAAAUUACAUUAUGACACGGGAUGUCGACAUGUUUCUACCGAAUGUUCCAGUACCCUGACAUCAACUCCAUUCUGUUGAGUUGCCAAUAAGCGACAUCUCCCAUCAGAUAUUUUUGCAUCAGUUCAUGUGUGUUUAUCUUUUCUUGUGGGAAGACCAUGUUGGCAAGACAACAGUGUCGGAGACCUAGAUUCCCAUCCGUGUUGAAACCAGGAAGCAAUUGCAUUCACAUAAUCAACGAUGAGCGUGAAAUGAGGUUGUAUUUUCCCUCGAAGAUUGCGUUUUUACUCCACUAAUGGUUAGGUGAGGUUAGGGUAGAGUUCACUGUAUUACAUCAUUUACAAAUAAAAACAACUCGCUUUACAAGUCGCUUCUCCGUGGGCAUUUCACCUGGAAACUGGAGCUCAUUUGAGCCCGUAUGUUAAAAAAACACUUCCCGCUUCGGCCACUGGAGGCAGUGCUUUGAAUUUUGGUAAGCCAAGACCGAUUUUAGUUCAAGAACUGUCGAGCUACUGUUGCCGAAUUCAUAGUAAGAUCAGUCUGAUGUCUAAAGGUGCCAUUUUGUGAUUGAAUACAAGAAUUAGAUUUGUGAGGAUAAGAUUAUCCUGUGAAUAACUGCAAAGAUUUGGUCUGUUCCUCACACAAAGCCGCUGUAUGACUUGAAAUAUAGCAAACUAGCCAUUUUUGGGUUUAAUAAAGGGUCAAAAGAUUUAUGUUUGAGUGAGCUAUUCCUUUAAUGAUUAUAAUGCUUAUUUCACAAGAAAAUCACAAGUUGAAAAAAAAUAUAUUUUCUGUAUUUAAUUUACUAAAAUGCCCAGUCAGACACCAUUUUUACUCUUUCCACCAACCGCUGAACAGCACACACAUGGAUUUGGGUUGUCUAUGCUGCCUUCAAAAACUGACCAGAUGAAGGCAUCAUAGUGGACAGGAUGUGACGCAACAAAAAUGUAUUUGAACAUAUCUCGAUGCCUUGCUGUCAACUUAUACUCCCUACAAAUGCAGAAUUUUUCAGGUUUUGGAUACAGCCCAAAUCAGUUGUUGCUGCAAGUCAGAGUAAAUGGAGUCAGUUAUCUAAAUUAAAGGAGCACUCAGUAUUUUUUUCCCCCAUUAAAAAAGUUUUACUCCUAAAGAAAUGGAUUGCAAUUUUGAAACAUAUGAAUAAAAUCAUGAGCACUCACAUGAAAUGAAGACUCCAGUCAAAUCAGUAACCUUAUAAAAGCUGUUUUAUUCUACAUGUAGAGGGUCCCUUUAUGGGGUCUGCCAUGUUAGAAUCACAUGACCAGCCGAAUACUACUCGCUUAAUCUCAGUAACCGCACUGUUAUAAGGCACUUUCACUCUUGGAUUAAAGGAACCAUGGCUUAAUGUGAAUAGUGAAUUUCUUCAAUGGCAUCUGUAAUUGAAAACUAUUGAUGCUGCAUCCACGCCGCUAGGUGACAAUGUAAGUUGAAGAUGACACUAACAAAAAGUUACUGAGUGCACCUUUAACGUAAGGUGAGAUAAUUAAGUUAUCAUAUCAGUGUGUCAGUGCAUAUCAAUGUCUUCAUAUAUAAUUGGACUUUAUAUAGAAUUUUACCAGUAAGGUUCCCAUCAUUCUUACUGAAACCUUCCUUGCAGAUCUCUGAAUGUAAUCACUAUAGAUUUCAUAUCAACAAGAAUGCAUGAUGAGGUCGUAUUAGAUAUGCCUGGGUUUGUUUAUAAAAUUAUGUCCAGUGGUGUUUUACAGUAUUUACGAAGUACUAUUCCCAAUCCUGUUGAGCAUUUAGAGAAUGUACAAUGACUCACUUUUGACAUGUAUGGAAACUUUACCUCUGCUUUGUUGGAAUGUAAAUAUCACAGCUACUCGUCAAUGUUUAUUA